AUGGCACAAGGAUCAAAUACUUCAAAAUUUGUGAAGACUUACGGGAAACCUAGACGUACCCAACUCUUGGGACGAAAUUCACUGUGGAAUGAUGAUUUAAAUGAUGAGUUUGACAAAUGUUUGGGUAUUGAGGAUGUUCCACAAACAACAUUUAUUUCACCUGAACCAAGUGGCUCGGUUACAAUGUACAAGCCUGAUAAACAUAAAAAAAAAUAUGAAAAUCAGAAGCAUUCUGUUGGUGGAUGGUCAAUGCAAUUACAUUCUACUUUGGAUGGUCAUAGAAAUAAUUUGAGUACAAAAAAGAGAUAUACAGAAUACAAUUUAGAUAGUAAUCAUAAAAAGAAAAAACUAUUGUUAAAAAGUGCUCAAAAGAAAAAGGAAAACUUAAAUAUUUCUAAUAAUUCAAAAGGAGUUACACCAGUCUCGAUCAAGAAAUUAAAAAACAAAUUUAUUUUGUCUAAAGAACAAUGUUCAACUCCAUUACAAAAAUCUAUGUUAUUUGCCCAUGGUAACAAAUUCAAUAGUAUGUCUUCAAAAAAAACAAAAAAAAGUAAAUUAAAGAAAAAUUUGGUGCAUGCCGUCAAUACUCUUAAUUCUUCAAAACUUCCCUUGCAACUAGAACAUUCACAUUCAAAAAAUUCUAAUAUUUUAAGGAAAACAAAUUAUGAAUAUAAUAACCCAUUUGAUGAGUCUAUUCAAAUAUCUAGUUCUCAUUUUCCCCCAUCUAAAAACAAAUAUUCAGAAAAUAGUACAUCUAACAACCAGCUUUUUAACAGCCCUAAUAGACUACGUAGAGUUAAAAAAAAAAAUAUUCCUAGCUCAAAAGAAAAAAACUCAACUUGGUAUCAAAAAGUUAUGAAUAUUUUGUGUGAUGAACAAUCUAUUAAUUUGGAAAAAUCGAAAAAUCAAGAUUUUAUGACUCCAGAAGACCACAUAAACAUAUGUAGUUUUGAACCAGUUUUAACUUCUGAAAUUAAACAAUUGAAGCCAUUAGAACAGCAGAAGCAAUCAUUACCAUUAUCCAAUUUAAAUAACAUAUCAUUUCAAUCUUUACAACAUUUCAAUAUAAGUUCAUCAGGAAUGAAUAAUCAUAGUCUAUCGUCUUUAGAUCAUUCUAAAGCAAACAAAGAGAAUAGUACCAUAAUUAUUGGUGAUAUCAAAGAAAAAACUAUUGAGGAGUCUCAACCAAGUCAACCAUGUAUACAUCCCAAUAUAAGUUCAUCAGGAAAGGAUAAUCAUAGUCUGUUGUCUUUAGAUCGUUCUAAAUCAAACAGAGAAAAUAGCAUCAUAACUAGUGGCAAUAUAAAAGAAGCAUCUAUCGAGGAGUCUCAACCAAGUCAACACAAUAAAUAUCUGUCUAAGUGUGCAAAUUCAUCAUAUGAAUCAUGUUAUCAGCUUGAUAAAAGUAAAGCAAUCGAAGACAGUAGGUUACUAAAUGUUGAUUAUGUAUCUGUAAAUAGUUUAAAUGAUGAAGAUUUUGUCUAUAAACCCAACAAUGAAGACUAUAAACUACUUCAACUUAAUCAAUAUAGAACUCAAUCUUCAUGUAAGAACUCAACUCCCAUGAUACAAAAUAAGGUAAAAAAAGAAUAUACAAGUAAUUCAUACAGUUUAAGUCAGGACUAUUCAAAAGUAUCGUCUGCAGACCACCUCGAUCUUAGAUUGCUAAAUAUAUUAGACCAAAUUGACAAUAAUAAACAAAGUUCACAUACUCAAAAUAAUCAAACUUCGUUAAUACCAUAUUAUGAAAACAUUGGACUUCAAUCUGAAGAUGAACAAUUUGAUUGUUCUACACCCGAUUCUGAAUCUCAGAUUUUAUUAGAUGUUACAUCCAAGUUUUCUGAUAUUAUAAUUGAUGAUAAAAUUGAGCAGUGUGAUAACUCUAUUAGAGAUGAAAGUUUAUUUGGCAAAUUUGAUCAUACAUUAGAUAUCUCUCUCAACACAUCAAACCACAAACUUGACAUUAUUUCAAAUAAUUCUUCUAUUUUACAAAGUUCAUCUAGUUUGGAACAAGAUACUGUUAUUUAUAAACAAAACUGUACAAUAGAUGUGUUACAUACAAAAGAAAAUGCUGAUUAUAAUAAUCAAUUAUUAAAUGACAAAAGUGAAGAAAAUACCAGCACUAAAAAUCAGAUAAAUAUUUCUAAUAGUGAAAAUGACACAAAUGACAUAUUAGAAACCAACGAGUCUGUAUUUGUGCCGCGGCGGAAGAGAUAUGCUGCUCGGUUUCAAAGCUUGGAUGUCAUUGAAGAGUUCAGUCAGUUAGAUACUAUUUUGACACAGGAAAACACACCAGUUUUUCAUUUAGACCCGGGCAAAAAGUGGCGUCGUUCUAUUUCAAUUGUUCGGGCUUGUAUGGACAGAAAUAUGAAUGAAUCUAUAAAUUUCACCAAAGGACGAAAAUGGGCUUAUACAGUUGAUGACAUAUUACGAAGGCAAUCUAUAAGUAAUAUACUAGUAGUUCAUCAAAAUUUAAAUCAAAGCAAUAUUUUUAAAAAUUCAAUGUGCAGUUUUAGCCAAAGAUACUUGAACAGAACUUCUAUUGAUACUAGUAUUUAUCAAAAUUUAGAUCAAAAAAAUAUUUCGAAAAAUUCAAUGUGCAUUUCCAGCCAAAACUUUCAAAUAACUUCUACCGAUCUUGAAAACCAAAAAGCCAGAAGUUACAUUUUUGAAGCGUGUCAUCAAAAAGAAUUAAUAUCUUUUGAAUCAUGGUUAAGCACAAAGUAUACAAAUAAAUGGAAAAAGGUUGGAGAAGGCGUAUAUGGUGAGGUAUUUAGUUAUUCAAGUGGAAAUCGGUGUACUAUUGUCAAAAUCAUUCCUAUAGAAGGCCAAGUGAAUAUUAAUAGUGAGCCACAGAAGAAAAUGUUUGAAGUCUACAGUGAAAUUGUAAUAGCUACAGAGUUGAAUAAGUUAUGGAACAAAAGUAAUUUGAAUCAAACAAGUUCAUUUUGUAAACUUAAACGUGUUUCCUGUGUUCAAGGAAAAUAUCCUAAAAUUUUAAUUAAUUUCUGGCAACAAUAUGACAAUGAUAAAGGUUCUGAUAAUGAUAAUCCUGACAUACUGCCAAAGGAUCAAAUGUUUAUGAUUUUGGAAAUGGAAAAUGGUGGUAUUGAUGUAGAAAGUUUUAUUUUUAACUCGGCGGAUCAAUCAUUAUUUGCAUUUUUACAGAUUGUUUUUGGGUUAGCUGUAGCUGAGGAAGAAUACAAGUUCGAACACCGUGAUUUACAUAUUGGUAACAUUUUAAUAAAAAAAUGUUCAAACAAGAAAAUAGCAUAUGAAUUGGAGGGUCAACAUUUCAAUGUACCAUCACGGGGAAUUAAGAUAACAAUAAUUGAUUACACCUUAAGUAGAAUGACAUAUAAUUCCAAUCAUAUAUAUAAUGACCUUGCUAAAGAUACAGAAUUAUUUACUUCAGUUGGUGACUAUCAAUUUGAUAUUUAUCGUAUGAUGAGAAAAGAAACUAAUGAUCAAUGGGAAUUGUUCAAACCAGCCACAAAUAUAUACUGGCUACAUUAUGUAUUGGAUAAAAUGCUGAUGUCAGUGCAUUAUAAAAAAACUAACACAAUUCCACAUAGUAACGGUCUUUCAAAUCUGGAACGGUUGAAAAAUGUAAUAUUAUCCUUUAAUAGUGCAAAAAGUUUUGCCGAAAGUGAAUUAAUAUUGGAUUUAAUAGGAUACAAGAAGCCAUGA